AUGUCUUCAGUCGUCGUGCCCUCGAGCUUCCGCCCAUACCUCCCAUCUCCAACACAUAAUACGGCUUAUCCAUUGCGCCAUACCCAAGACUAUAACAGCAACAAUAGCGAAAAGCUACGAGAUCAUCUGCAGCUUCGCGGAACUGCACUCUUCAAGGGUGGUCUUCGAACGCCCCCCACCGAAAAUAACAUGAGCGCCACAUACCACAACCCCGUGUUAUCGAACACGUACAACAGUCAUGUAGCUCUAGCAAGACAGCCGGCCGGUUUAGUGCAGGCAGAUCGAACAGGAGGAGUAUUCUGUGAUGUCGUAAAUGGAUUUUCCGCAGCUCAUCCGCCUCACCAAUCGCAAUAUCAGCAGCCUUAUCCCUCUCAAACAAUUAUAUCCCAACAAUCGCACCCGUCUUCGAGACCAUCGACCAGAUCAACCACCCCCGCCUCUAUUGGCAAUCUCAGCGCACACUCGGAAGGCACAGUCUCCAAGAAGGACUCGACUAUGGUAACCCACAGUCUGCAACUCCCUACUUGUAUCAGUCCAAACGGAGGCAAUCUGGAUGAUUUUGCCGCUCUAAUGACUUGCUUCUUUUGGUUCGAAACCAUGGACACGAUAACCUCUGCGGAGCAUAUCAAGGAACGUCCACUCUCCGAGCCGAUCCCCCCAUUAUCCGCAUAUACCGAGCCUUGCCCCGCGUAUAAGCAGUGGGUAAACAAAACCCUUUCCACGACCCAAGUAACGCAGAACGUGAUCCUAUUGGCGUUAUUAUUUGUAUAUCGGCUGAAGAAGGCGAACCCGAAAGUGAAUGGUAGUCCGGGUAGCGAAUAUCGACUCUUAACGGUAGCCCUAAUGUUAGGUAACAAAUUUUUGGAUGAUAAUACCUAUACGAACCAUACGUGGGCAGAAGUUUCGUCUAUUUCGGUAAAAGAAAUUCACGUCAUGGAGGUGGAAUUUUUGAGCAACAUGCGAUAUGGCUUAUUGACAUCUAAGGAGGAGUGGGAGGAAUGGCUGAAGAAACUGGCCUGUUUCCAUGAAUAUUACGAGAGAGCGGUUAUGGAAGAGAAGCGUCGAAAAGCCCCGCCUCCUAUGUCGAUGAAUAUACCCUCGCCGACUCACGCUAGAUUCGUCUCUCCGCAACCUUCACCGACUGGCAUCCUACCGUCAACCGGACAGGGUGCACCAUUAGCUCUUGCGGCAGCAUAUUCUCCUAAUGUAGUUCAUGCUCAAAGUUGGAAUUCUUACCAUCCUACCCCAACGGUUUCCCCGCUUGCAGCCAAGCCCAGUCUAGGUCACCCAAUGGCGCGAAAGAGAGGAUUAGAGGGAGGAGACAUAGUCGAGCCCGCUCCGAAGCGAAUCACUCGACAACCGCUUGCUACAACGAUGCCGCCGAAUCAGCAAGUUCAUGGGAGCGCUGGACCGCUUCGACUACCUGUGCCACACCUUACACUUGAUACAAGCCAGGCAAUCAUCCCGCCCGUAUACCAACCCCAGCCCACCUAUUCCCAACCGAGUGUAUCGUUGCCACCUCUGGGGGCUGGGAUGAAGGCUAUGUCGACGGUAUAUCCCACAACAACUGGCUGGGCGCCUCAGGGAUCAGUGCUUACCACUUGCGGACCACAGACGCCAUCUUAUGCGAUUCCGUCGAACUAUGGCACUCCGACAAAGCGACAGAGCCCAACGGGUUUAACUCAGUUUGGUUCUUCUCCGUUAACCGAAUCGUAUGGAACCCAUACUCCAAUCUCAAAUUCGCCACUGGUAUACCUACAGCAGCGAGCGAGUCCCUAUAAACCUGUUCGUCGCGUCAAUACGCUUCUCAACCCCCCUCCAUCUAUUCCGCUCUCCCAGUAUCACCUGGGCUCGAACCAGAUGCAUUACCAGCCGCUAGGUCGACGAUAUGACUUGCGCUCUGGUAUCGUUCCUGAGUUUCUCCCUGCAUAUGCCAACCAACGGCCUUCGAGUCAUUCUCACUAA